AUGUCAUCCCAGGCCUCAACAACCACAACAACUUCCGGCAACGGGAGCGACCCGGCUCAACGAUCAUGCUCUGGCACAAACCAGACCGGGGGGGCAUGUAAGGAGAAUGUUGGCUGGCGAAGAAUCGUUCGAAAUUUCACGCCAUCAUGGUUCGCCGUCAAUAUGGGUACUGGCAUCGUCAGCAUUCUCCUAUACCGGCUGCCGUAUAACGGUGAAUGGCUCCAGUACAUAUCAUACAUCUUCUUUUGCGCCAAUGUCCUCCUGUUUGCUUUGUUUACAGCCGUCUCCGUGAUGAGAUAUGCUUUAUAUCCAGAGAUUUGGUUUGCCAUGAUUGCCCACCCAGGCCAAUCUUUGUUUCUCGGAUGUUUCCCCAUGGGCUUUGCCACGAUCAUCAACAUGAUGGUCUUUGUUGGCAAAUCGUGGGGCAAUGGUUUCAUUUACCUGACAUGGGCGUUUUGGUGGGUAGAUGCCGUUGUCUCAAUGGCCACCUGCAUCAGCAUGCCCUUUAUCGUCAUGAAACGACACCGCCCCGACCUCCAGAACAUUACAGCUGCCCUUCUGCUCCCCAUAGUACCGACAGUCGUCGCGGCAGCCUCUGCAGGGAUUGUUGCCGAGGUCCUCCCAAACGUCAACCAUGCUCUGACAACUCUGGUGGCCGGGUAUGUCCUAUGGGGCAUAGGUAUCGCGUUCUCUGGGUGUGUGCUCGCCCUCUAUCUCCAGAGACUGAUGAUCCACUCUUUGCCGGCCCGGGAGGCCAUUGUCUCCGUCUUCCUGCCGAUCGGGCCCCUUGGACAGGGAGGCUUCGGCAUACAGCAACUUGGAAAGGUUGCUCUCAAGGUGAUACCUGAAACGAAUGCGUUUCCUGCUCUCGGGGCCGACGUUUCAAGAGCCGGCGAGGUUCUCUACGUAUUGGGAAUCUUCAAUGGACUUGUCAUGUGGGGUUUCGGCCUCGUUUGGCUGGCCUUUGCUCUGAUCAGCAUCAUCACGACGCAGAGCUUCCCGUUCAACAUGGGCUGGUGGGGUUUUACUUUCCCCCUGGGCGUCCUAGCUACCUGCACCUCGCUUCUUGCUGAGAAUCUCCAGAGCCAAUUCUUCCAGGUAGCAACAAUGAUUCUGUCCCUUUCAGUUGUCCUGCUCUGGGCCGUUGUGGCUGUUAGAACGAUGCUUCAGGUCAUCACUGGAGAAAUGUUCUUCGCGCCUUGUCUUGGGGAUAUACGUCCAAAGGAGCAGGCUGGUGGUUCAGACAGGAGAGUAUAG